AUGAUUUCAGUCAGCAGAAUGAUUCAGUUCAAAUGUCUUGUGAUUCUGGUAUUGAGUAUUAGUGCAGUUAUGUCGCAGCGUUCAUUAUACCAACAAAAUAGUUAUGAAGACCUUCGGCGUCAGCAACUGCAGCAGACGCGACCAGCACCAUCCCAACAGCAGAAGAGCUUUCCGGAUCAUGCCCAGCAACAGCGACCAGCUGUCGAAGACACCUUUGGUGCAGAUCUUGGCUGCAAGGAUCCAUGGACGACAGAGUGGACUAGAGAUCCCAGUGAUUGCACAAAGGUCCACUUCUGCAUUCAGGGCAAGAAACAGUGGACCAUCAACUGUAACGAUACCCGAAUCUGGUCUAACGUUGGACACGCAUGCGUGGAGCCGAUGUCUCAGUGGGAUGACUGUAACCAGGUGAUGACAACACCCACUCUCAAUGACCCCCGAUGCUCCAACGAGCCCAACGGUAUGAACCCUGAUCCGAACAACUGUGCUCAGUUCCUGGCCUGUGUCAACAUGACAGUGGUGGCCACCAUGGAAUGCCCUACCAACACCUUGUUCUCAACUAGGAACAAUACUUGUGAGCUCAGCUUCGUCGUCGCCUCCGAGUGUCGGGAAAGAAGCAUUCCUGGACAUGUUCUUGUCACCACUGCCAGCCCAAUCGUGGACAAGCCGUGCGAGGGAACAUCAAACGGAGACGUGGGAGAUCCUGGUCACUGUGCUCGCUUUUACAAAUGUAACUACGGAAGAGUAGUUGCCCGUAUCCGUUGUCCUGCCAACAGCGCCUUCAACGAGGAGAAGAAAAAGUGCGACUGGCGCCAAAAUGUGGAUUGUGGAGACAGACCCAUUUACUGA